AUGGGAACUCCGCCACCUGCACGAAAGCCAGGAGGGGCUCGACCUUUACCACCAGGUCACAAAGGCCCCCUUCCUCCCAAAUUAUCCAUCCCAGAGGAUAACGUCCCUGGUAUAAACGUUGAUCAAGUCGGUGUACAUGGUUGGCAUACCCCUACUUCUCUCCCUUCCUUAGCUCUCAAACCUCGACGACCUUCACCCUCAUUAUCACCCAACCCGAAUAGACCAAAAUUAGUCAUCUCUGCUCUUUCUUCGCCUACCGUUUCACCGCUACCACAAACAAUGCCACUUCCCCGUCCACAGCUCCUGAAUGCGUCCAGUUCACCGCUUCCCAAUGGUCGGAAUGGCGCUCAAACACCAUCAUUGAGACUCUGUAUACCAGGAAGUAGCGGACUCUCUUCCGGGUUUUCAUCAGGUCAAGAAUAUCCUUCGGCCGGUGCGGAAGGUUUAGAUUCUCCUUCAUUCACUUUGAAAACUCCUAUGGCAGGAGCGGAAGAUCCCAAUCCGACCUUGAGACCAAGAGGGACGGAUGAAGAUGGUGUAUCGUCUUACGGCUUUGGAAGGCCAUCUGGGCUUGAAGUGGAUCAGAUGAGUGCAAUGACCGAGGACAUACGACAAGCACUUUCGAGAUCAAGAUUUGAUGCUUCACCAAGUUUCGCCAAUGGACAACUGAAUCGGUCGAGAGCGAAUUCGACUACUGAUUCGAAUGCUUUGAGCAUUUCGGGAUAUGAUAGAAAUUCUUCUAGGACCAGUCUGGAUGAGAUGACCAGAAGGGUGGACGACGAGGAGAAACAUAGUCCUAUUUUCGACCCUUCCCAGUUGAUCUUCUUACGACGUCUAGGGGAGGGGACUGGUGGACAGGUGGAUUUAGUCAAGGAUAAACAGACUGGGAGACUCAUGGCGAAGAAGGUCAUUGCGCGUACUCCCAAUCCUAAAAUGCACAAACAGCUGUUAUUGGAAUUGGAAAUCCUUAAUGGUUGUCACUCUCCUCAUAUCGUGGAACACUACGGUUCUUUCCUUGCCGAACGAGAUAGUCAAAUUGGUAUCCUCAUGGAAUAUUGUGAAGCGGGUAGUCUGGAUUCGUUGUUAGGAAAAAUGAAGAAGACGGGUAUGAGAUGUUCUGAACAUGUACUGGGGAGGAUUGCUGCAUCGGUUCUCAAAGGGCUUGAUUAUUUACACCAACGUCGUAUCAUUCACAGAGAUAUAAAGCCUUCCAACAUUCUUCUCACUCGGGAAGGCGUAGUUAAGCUAUGCGAUUUUGGCGUGUCUGGGGAACUGAUAGACUCUGUCGCUGGGACCUUUACAGGAACGAGUUAUUAUAUGGCUCCCGAACGUAUCCAAGGAAAACCCUAUUCAAUCAAAGCAGAUGUUUGGUCCCUCGGUGUAUCAUUACACGAGGUAGCUCAUCUUCGUUUUCCGUUUCCUCCAGAAGGGGAAAACCAGUCAGUGGCGCCUAUCGAGCUCCUCAGCUAUAUCGUCACGGCGCCAGUACCGGUCAUGAUUGAUGACCCGUCAGUGGGGAGGAUCUGGAGCGAGCCGAUCAAAGAUUUCAUGGCUGCUUGUCUCAUACGAUCUGGAACUGACCGUCCUUACCCUUGGCAACUACUUCAACAUCCCUUCAUCCUUACAAGCGAGGCGAAAAAGGUCAACAUGGCCAAAUGGGUUGCAGCUUUAUGUGAUUGGUCAGAGGAAUGA